UUAAACUAUUAUUAACAAACAAGAACUGUCGGUGACUGAUCUGCAAGUUUAGAAGCAACACAAAUUCAGAGAGGUUUGGUCUGAGUUUAGUCAAUCUCCAGGAGCCCUGAUUUUCGUUUUACAUUGCGGAGCCGAAAGGUGAGACAAUCGUACAUUUCUAUAUAUAUGGGCAUAGACACUGUGUAAAGCUUGCAUUUUUUGUUUGUUUCUUUAAUUUUAGUUAACCUUAUAGCCUGCAAAUCUGUGUUGGUUUGGGAAAGGUUGUACUGGUUUAAGGAUUUGCAUUUAGAAACUGAACCAAAAUCCCUGUUUAUAGUAACUGAUCCAAUGAUGGUCCAAGACCAAUCAUCCACUAGACCCUCAAAACCCCAAAUUUUGAAACAAAAACAAUUCUCAGAAACAAAGAAUCUUGAUUUCUCAACAUGGGCAUCAGAAAACUCUGUCAAAAUCCUCAUAAUCUCACUCCUUACCAUCACUGUUGCUGCCCUCUUCUACUUCCACACUUCCUUCACCACCCCCACUGCCUUAUUUUGCUCCAAGAGAUCACACCAUAGUCAACCUCGAAAGCCCGAAUUGCCUAAACUCGAUCUUGAUUCGGUCCAACCCAUUGUAGAUAAGGCCUCGCCUUACUCUUCGUUCCAUUCUGAACAAUGGGUUGUGGUCUCCGUAUCGGAUUAUCCCUCUAUUUCACUCCAAAGUCUUGUUAGGAUAAAGGGUUGGCAAGUUCUUGCAAUAGGAACUUCGAAGACCCCAAAGGAUUGGAAUCUGAAGGGUGCGAUAUACUUGUCGUUGGAGCAACAGGCUGAUUUGGGGUUUAGGGUGGUGGAUCACCUUCCUUAUGAUUCUUAUCUUAGGAAGAGCGUCGGGUAUCUUUUUGCAAUCCAGCAUGGUGCUAAGAGGAUAUUUGAUUUCGAUGAUCGUGGGGAAGUGAUUGGUGGAGAGAUUGGGAAGCAUUUUGAUUUGGAGUUGGAUGGGAUGAAGGGAAAAGAGGAGAAAAUUUUGCAGUAUAGUCUAGAAAUUGUGAAUAGGAGUGUUGUGAAUCCUUAUAUACAUUUUGGGCAACGGUCCGUUUGGCCUAGAGGGUUGCCGUUGGAAAAUGUGGGUGUAGUUAAUCAUGAGGAGUUUUACCGUGAAGUGUCUGGAGGGAAGCAAUAUAUACAGCAGGGUAUCUCGAAUGGGUUGCCGGAUGUUGAUGCGGUUUUUUAUUCAACUAGAAAGCGGGGAUCGGAAGCAUUCGAUAUUAGGUUCGAUGAACGUGCCCCCAAGGUUGCGUUGCCCCAAGGGUUAAUGGUUCCGAUCAAUUCAUUCAACACUAUGUUCCAUUAUAAUGCGUUCUGGGGAUUGAUGCUCCCCGUUUCUGUCAGCACAAUGGCUUCUGACGUUUUAAGAGGCUAUUGGGCACAAAGGUUGUUAUGGGAGAUUGGUGGUUUCGUAGCUGUAUAUCCACCUACAGUACACAGAAACGACAAAGUCGAAGGGUACCCAUUUUCAGAAGAGAGAGAUCUACACGUUAAUGUGGGUCGUUUGGUAAGAUAUUUAGUUUCGUGGAGAUCCCGUUCCCAAAGUCAAAAAUUGUUCGACAAAAUUUUGCAAUUGAGCUAUUCCAUGGCACUAGAGGGGUUUUGGAGCGAGAACGAUGUGAAGUUCACCGCUGCUUGGUUGCAAGAUUUGAUUGCAAUUGGGUAUCAGCAGCCAAGGCUAACGGCAAUAAAGUUGGACGGUCAAACUCGAAAGGCAAAUAUUGGCCCGGGGGACAGAAAGGAAUUUGUCCCGCAAAAGCUACCUUCUGUACAUCUCGGAGUCGAGGAAUCGGGUGUGGUGAAUUACGAAAUCGGGAACUUGAUACGGUGGAGGAAGAGAUUCGGCAAAGUAGUGCUAAUCAUGUUUGUCAGUAGUUCGGUGCAGCAAACCGCAUUAGAAUGGAGACUGCUUUACGGAAGGGUAUUCAAAACCGUGGUUAUUCUGUCAACACAGGCCGAUGCUGAUUUGGCCGUCGAACAAGGCGAGUUGGAUCAAAUAUACAAAUACAUCCCUGGUAUUCUCGAAAGAUUUAACGACACCGAAGGGUUCCUCUACCUUCAGGACAACACUAUAUUAAACUAUUGGAAUCUGAUGCAAGCCGACACAUCUAGGCUGUGGAUUACGAAUAAGGUGCCCUUGUCCCGAACAUCCAUUGAUGGAAAGGACGCCUCGUGGUUUUCACAACAAGCAGACCUGGUGAAGAAAGUGGUGAGCACAAUGCCGGUUCAUCUCCAAGUUAACUACAAAGAAAGCGGCCCGAGUGGCCAGAACAUUGCGCUGUGUGGGUCCGAGGUGUUUUACGUUCCUAGACGUUUUACCCAGGACUUCAUUGAUCUCGUAGACUUAGUGGGUGACCUGCAAAUACACCACAAGAUUGCGGUGCCCAUGUUCUUCAUGGCAAUGGAUGUGCCCCGAAAUUUCGACCCUCUGCUGAAUAGAAUGAUUUACAAGACGGGAAUGCCGUCUACAAAUUCAUUGAAUAUGUACUCCGCUCAAGCACCGGCAGUGAAUCCAUGGAUAGUUUCCACCGAGUCUGACUUCGUAAAGCUAAUACGGCUCAUGGCAGAAGGCGAUCCCCUCUUAAUGGAGUUGUUCUAAGCAAUAAUCUCUGUUGUAUUCUUUCACUUGUCUGUAAUCUGUAUAUACAUUGUAACAUUGUGCCAAGGAUUGAUUUUGUUUCAUCAGCAUUCAUUCCAAUGACGGUGCGUUUAUAUGGGGAGAUUUUUCA